UAGCGCGAGGUACCAAAGCGCUUUCUUUCUCCACUCCCCGCUUCCUUCCCCCAACCCGCGAAAAAGCGCUCCUUCGAAAGCAAGAAAAGAUGAAAAGAGAUGUCGCGGCGGAACAAAGCCUAGUCAGACGAGUCUGAGAAAGAAGCAGGAGAAAGAAGAAGCUCCGUUCCGUCAGACGCUGCAGCUGCGACGGACAUGGAGCGGAUCGUCGCGGCGAAUGAAGUCGCUUUCAGGGUCGGGUUCUCCGGCUAUAGUGGCCACCUCCGGCUCGAGCCUCUCCCACCCGUCGAACGCCCGAACCCUCUCAGUUCUCUCCCCGAUUUCAUUCUCCCAUCGGCUUUUGAGCCGGCAACACCUGAUACUGUGAAGAAGGAUUUGGAGCAGAAUUAUCUCGUGCCGGAAUUGGAUCCUGAUGAAUUCUCUCCAGAAAAUUCUGGUAGACAAUGGGAUUUCGAUUGGUUUGAUAGGGCAAAAGUAGAAUUGGAGCCAUCGUUGCCACGGUCCGUAGUUGUCCCCUCAUGGGAAUUACCAUUCAGGCGCUCGAAGGAUGGAACUUCUCAAGGGAAAUGGAAACCCAUCUCAGUACAGGUAGAGGUGACAGAGCUAAUGGAAGGAGCUCAAGUUUCUGGAACCUUGCCACGCAUGCCUGGACCUUCAAAGGAUUUUGUAAGUGGCAGCAUCAACAAGCGUCCUUUCCGUCCUGGAGGCCUAGACAAUUCUCAAUCUUCGGAAAGGACUGUUCCCGAGGGUGCUCGCAAUGGUGAUUGGGUUCGUGAACUUCUUGAUGGUGGCCCUGCACAGACUAUUCUUCCAAGUUUAAAGCAAGGAGUGGAUUUUGGUUGUCUCAAGGCACAUCCGUACUCGUGGAAAUGUGUUGAUGAACAAAGUUCGGUUGACACGGGUGAAAAUCUGAGUACGUUGUCUGUACAGUUUGAUGAUUUAUUCAAGAAAGCUUGGGAAGAAGGUGUUGAUGAAGGACCAGCUAGUGAUGGUUCUUCUUCAGAAGCAGACUCUGUUAAGCUGGAACCAGAAGUCAAAGAGGAAGAGAAUGUAGCUGAUACUGUUCAGGAUACUGGGUUCGCGCCAUUAGAUGAGAUACUGUUGGAGGAACCAGAAGGCUCAACUGCACAAUUAGAUGGUGUUGGUGACCGCAGUGGGACACAGCACAAAGAGGCUUGGGCUGUGGCUGGAAGCAGCGAAGGGAUUGCAAAUCAUUUUUAUGAACUUGUACCUGACAUGGCACUUGAUUUUCCAUUCGAACUGGAUAAGUUCCAAAAGGAGGCUAUUUAUUAUCUUGAAAAAGGUGAAUCUGUUUUCGUGGCCGCUCAUACAUCAGCUGGCAAAACUGUUGUUGCAGAAUAUGCGUUUGCAUUGGCAUCAAAACAUUGUACUCGGGCCGUCUAUACUGCUCCCAUAAAAACCAUCAGCAACCAGAAGUACAGAGAUUUCUGUGGCAAGUUCGAUGUUGGCCUUCUUACUGGGGAUGUAAGCUUGAGGCCUGAGGCAUCCUGCCUUAUCAUGACCACUGAAAUAUUAAGGUCAAUGCUAUAUAAAGGUGCUGACAUUAUACGGGACAUUGAAUGGGUUAUUUUUGAUGAGGUGCACUAUGUAAAUGAUGCUGAAAGAGGUGUUGUUUGGGAAGAAGUUAUUAUCAUGCUUCCAAGGCAUGUUAAUAUUGUCCUCCUGUCAGCAACGGUGCCAAACACAAUAGAAUUUGCUGACUGGAUUGGCCGGACAAAGCAAAAGAAAAUCCGUGUUACGGGCACCACUAAAAGACCGGUUCCUUUGGAGCACUACCUAUUCUUCUCUGGAGAACUGUAUAAAGUAUGUGAACAUGAAGUUUUUGAGCCCCAGGGUGUAAGAGCUGCAAAAGGCGCUUUCAAGAAAAAAAAUUCAAGUCCAGCUGGAGGUGGUCCUGGAAUAUCCAUGGUGUCUGCAGUACCCCAAAGUGGGGCUCAAGCUCGACAACGUGAAAAUCACAAUCGUGGAAAAGUGCAAAAGCAUUCUGGACCUCAAGCUGCGGGAAAUUUUUCAUGGGCUGGUGGCGCUCAUCAAAACAACUGGGGGUCAAGAAGAUCAGAGGCUUCUUUGUGGCUAUUGCUUGUGAAUAAGCUCUCAAAGCUGUCCCUUUUACCUGUGGUUAUUUUCUGCUUUUCAAAGAAUCGUUGUGAUAAGUCAGCAGAUAAUUUGCCUGGGACUGACCUCACAACCAGUUCUGAGAAGAGUGAAAUUCGCAUUUUCUGUGACAAGGCAUUUUCACGGCUGAAGGGAUCUGAUAGAAAUCUUCCACAGGUUGUCAGAGUCCAAAACCUACUGCGUAGGGGGAUCGGUGUACACCAUGCUGGGCUUCUUCCAAUUGUUAAGGAAGUUGUUGAGAUGCUGUUCUGUCGUGGUGUGAUUAAGGUAUUGUUUUCGACGGAAACAUUUGCUAUGGGAGUUAAUGCCCCAGCUAGGACAGUUGUCUUUGAUACUUUGAGAAAGUUUGAUGGCAAGGAAUUCAGACAAUUACUUCCAGGAGAAUACACUCAAAUGGCGGGUCGUGCUGGCAGGAGAGGAUUGGACAAGAUUGGUACUGUCAUUGUAUUAUGCCGUGAUGAAAUCCCUGAAGAGAGCGAUUUGAGCCGUGUCAUGGUGGGAAGUCCAACCAGGCUUGAAUCACAAUUUCGUCUCACCUACACCAUGAUUCUACACCUACUCCGUGUCGAAGAGUUGAAGGUGGAGGACAUGUUGAAGAGAAGUUUUGCUGAAUUCCAUGCUCAGAAAAAACUUCCAGAGCAACAACAACUUCUCAUGCGAAAGCUCGCUCAAGCUACCAAAACUAUUGAGUGCAUCAAAGGUGAACCUGCAAUUGAAGAAUACUAUGAGAUGGCCAUAAAAGCAGAAGAGUGUGGAGAUCAUGUACUAGAGAAGAUCAUGCAGUCCAGUAUUGCUCGGAAAAAUCUAUUACCUGGAAGAGUGGUGGUUGUCAAAUCACAUGCAGUGCAAGAUCAUUUACUUGGAGUCGUCCUGAAAACACCUAGCAACGAUAUUAAGCAAUAUAUUGUUUUGGUACUGAAACCCGAUUUGCCUCCAUCUGCGCAACCUGCUUCAGCUGCACUUGGCAAACCAGACGACAAAGAAAGCGGCAAUUUCCCACAAGGUUACUUCAUUGCUCCCAAAGGAAAACGUGGCACGGAUGAAUACUUCUCCGCCGCUGGUUCUCGCAAGGGAUCUGGUAUCAUCAAUAUAAAAUUGCCAUACUGUGGCAAGGCAGCUGGUGUGAAUUACGAGGUUAUAGGGAUGGAUGAUAAAGAGUUCUUAAGUAUUUGCAAAGUCAAGAUAAAGAUUGAUCAAGUUGGGCUUCUUGAGGAACCCAGUAAUGCUACAUACUCAAGGACUGUUCAGCAGCUGUUGGAUGAGAAAGCCGAUGGAAAAAGAUACCCUCCUGUCCUAGAUCCGUUGAAUGAUCUUAAGCUGAAAGAUAUGCAUCUCGUUGAGGAGUACAAUAGAUGGAAUAGCCUAUUGCAAGAGAUGUCUCAGAACAAGUGUCAUGGAUGCGUAAAAUUGCAGGAGCACAUUUUAUUGCAAAAAGAGCUAAAAGGACACAGAGCUGAAGUUGAUGCACUGAGAUAUCAAAUGUCUGAUGAAGCACUGCAGCAGAUGCCAGACUUUCAGGGCCGAAUUGAUGUGCUGAAGGAGAUCGGCUGUAUUGAUGCCGAUCUUGUUGUUCAGAUCAAGGGUCGCGUGGCCUGUGAGAUGAAUUCCGGGGAGGAGCUGAUAUGCACUGAAUGCCUGUUUGAGAACCAGUUGGAUGACCUGGAACCAGCAGAAGCUGUUGCCCUCAUGUCCGCUCUCGUAUUUCAGCAGAAGAACACAUCUGAACCGUCUCUUACUCCGAAGCUGGCUCUGGCAAAGCAGAGAUUGCAUGAAACAGCAGUCAGGCUUGCAAAACUUCAAGCCCACUUCAAAGUAGCAGUAAAUCCCGAAGAUUACGUGCAAGACAAUCUCAAGUUUGGCCUCGUCGAAGUUGUCUACGAAUGGGCAAAGGGCACGCCUUUUGCCAAUAUUUGCGAGCUUACAGAUGUACAAGAAGGUCAGAUAGUGAGGACGAUAGUCCGUUUGGAUGAAACGUGCCGGGAAUUCAAGACUGCUGCGGCGAUCAUGGGUAACUCUGCACUCUAUAAGAAAAUGGAAACUGCUUCUAAUGCAAUCAAACGCGAUAUUGUUUUCGCUGCCAGUUUGUAUGUUACCGGCGUCUGAUUUUGUAAUUGAAUUUCUUCAGUCUCUUCUUCCAAAGGCAGUGAAAAUGAAAAAAACAAAAAAAACAAAAAAACUAAAGAAAUUGUAUCUCUGUUUUGGGGAAGAUGGGAUGAAAUGCCUCAUUCUGUGGAGGGUGGAAGGACAGUUCAGAUUGAAUAGAGAAGGGGACCAUUGGCU